AUGGUUGCUGCUGAUCAUAAUGAGAAAAAGAGCAGAAAAUGGCGAAAAGGAGCGUGUGAUAAUCGUCGAGCGAAGGAGUCCAGGGACAUGGCAAGAGCAAGGGCGAGGGCGAGAACAAGAGAGAAAAUGAUUAUCAGAAGCCUUGAAAAAGCAAAACAGUGUCUUGAUCUUGAUCUUGAAGCGAACACUAACAAUUUGGAACAAUUAGGGUCUUUGAGUCCCUUUGAAAGAGUCUAUGGAUUACAUGCCCAAAGCCUGGAAAAAAAUUCUCCUCUUGAAUUAUUGUCACAUAUAGAAGAACCAAGGCUUAAUUCAAUAGAACACCAGUUAGCUACUGUGGGCAUCAUUGAAAAUUUUUUGGGUAUUGCAAGCUCAUCAUCAACAUCGCAAUCACAAUCGCAAUCACAAUCAAUUUUUGAUUUUCAGUUAAUUCCAGCAGUCUCAGAUGGGGUAGAUUCCAACAGCUUUGUGGGUAUUCGUGGAAAUUGGGACAUGGAAGAUGCAAGAAUCAACUCUAAUUACUGUGCAUUGACAACAGGAAUUUGUGUAAAGAAAGGAAAUGGGGAGGAUAACAUUAAUGAAAUAUAA